GACUGAUCGUCAUGCAUAAGGAUAACAUAUCCGCCAUUAUUAUUGUUGUUUUUCAGAAGUCGACUACGUAAACAGAAUAUACUGAGGAAAAUCAGACAAAAAUGUCGUCCCCCAGCCCAGGAAAGCGGAGGAUGGAUACAGAUGUCGUAAAACUCAUAGAGAGCAAGCACGAGGUAACAAUUCUGGGUGGACUGAAUGAGUUCAUCGUUAAAUUUCACGGACCACAGGGAACUCCAUAUGAAGGAGGGGUUUGGAAAGUGAGAGUAGAUUUGCCGGAGAAAUACCCUUUCAAGUCACCUUCCAUAGGUUUCAUGAAUAGGAUAUACCACCCCAACAUAGAUGAAGUAUCUGGUACUGUCUGUUUAGAUGUAAUCAACCAAGCCUGGACAGCUAUUUAUGAUCUGGCCAACAUCUUUGAAGCUUUUCUGCCACAGCUUCUGACAUAUCCCAAUCCCAUCGACCCCCUUAACGGGGACGCAGCCGCCAUGUAUCUCCACAAACCAGAGGACUACAAAAAGAAAGUCUUAGAGUAUGUGAAGAAAUAUGCGACAGAGGAGGCACUACGUGAACACGAGGAUCAGCAGUCAUCGUCCAGUGAGUCCAGUAUGAGUGAUUUCUCCGAGGAUGAGGCUCAGGACAUGGAGCUAUAACCUCGGGCCAACAUUGUGUAUAUAUAUACCUCACUCCACUUCCACAGCACUGCUCAUCAAUCCUACAUUCUGAUUGGCUAGUUUCCACAACACUGCUCAUCAAUCCUACAUUUCCACAACUCUGCUCAUCAAUCCUACAUUCUGAUUGGAUAAUUUCCACAAUACUGCUUAUCAAAUCUACAUUCUAAAUGUAGGAUUAUUAAAGACCAAUUCUACAUUCUGAUUGGCUGAUGACAAGAAUGAACUGAAAACUUUCUAAAGUCUAACUGUUCAAUUUCUUGAAUUAUCAACCAAUUUUUUUUAUAUAUUUUCGGUUUUUGUGAAUAGAUAUAAACAUUUUUUUUUCAAAAUUGUAAAUUUAUGUGAUGAUUCCCUGUAGAUUUUAUUAGAUGUAUCUUUAUGUAAUUAAAUUACUUUAUUGCUAUAAUUGCAAGUAUAAUUUACUUAUGAGCAGAUUUUUUGAAAAUGUUUUUCUUGUUCAGCAUCUUUCAUAUUUCUCCAAGUUGUGAACUGACUUGAGCAAUGCUGUGGUUUUGGAUUAAUUCAUGUUUGGGGGUCAUUUUUAGUGAGAGAUGUAAUCAUGUUUUUUUCAAUUUCACUAUUACAUUAGAAUUAUGAAAGAAGAAUAGAUGAUUUUCUAUACAAAAAGGUUUGCAUUCAAUUGCUUUUUUUCCUGCAUAACUGAUAAUAUGUUUGAAAAAUUACUGUUUACUUUUUGUGGGAAUAAAGUUGGAAUAGAUGAAAUAGACAGAGUGAUAGAGUUCUGGCUGUUGAAUGUGAGAGGUAUACAGUGACAUUUAUUUUUUUCUUGUGUUUAAUUCUUACUGUAAUAUUUACACCUCAUUGGACGAUUUUUGCCCUUGAUAUGAGAGAACUGUUACAUAUUUGAGUAAAUAUUGAUUUUUUUUUUUUUUUUUUUUUUUUUUAAAGAGUCUGAAUUUUAGCUGUUAACUUACAAUAACAAUAUACCUCUCCACUUAGAGUGAAUCAUUUUUCUUGCAUAAAAAUAUUUGAACAUGUUUUAUUAUCUCUGUAGUAAUUUACCUACCUAAAAAGUGAGAUGAGUUAAAUUAUAUGAAUGUAUGAAUUAUAUAAUAAUCCUUUCUCUAGGGUGACCCCUGUUUACCAUUGUUUACACAUUAAUCGCUGUGAGAGGAUGAUUUUUGUAUGUGAUAAGUAUAGAGUGCUGUUUUGUUCCCUUAAGAUGUUGCUUUUUGCUGAAGUUUUAAAUUGUGAGAUAUCUUGAUUUUAUUAUUUUAUGUGUGGUUCAGUAUAGGCUCCUAUGGUUGUCGGCAGUUAACAAGGGGAAAAAAACUCCAUAGAUGUAUAACUAAAAUGUAAACAAAAAAGUCAUUGAAAAGUAUUAUAUUUCUGGGGGUUUUUUAAUUUAAUCAAUAUAUUUUGGUUUUUGUGAAGCAGGUAGCUUAAUAUUGUGACCAUUAACUUGUUGAAUUUUAUAGUGAUAUAUGAGGACAAGCUUAAUGUGGCCAGCUUUUGUAUAGAAAGACUGUACAAAGAAUUGUAACUAACUCCAUAUGAAAAUGUUAAUGGUGAAAGGUACAUUUAUAUUAUUUUUUAAAGAAUUUUAAAAAAUGGAAUAUUAAGUGUCCAGUUGCUCUGUGUCUAUUUUCUUUUUGUUCUUUAUGGUUUCAUAUGUAAGAAAGAGACCAAUGUGUAAGCAUCAAAAGACUUGAGCACAAAUUUCUGACAAAGAAGUAACGCUGUAGAUAGUUGAAUCUAUGACAGUAUUUUUAAUACGUUGCUGAUUCCCUUCAGAUUCCUUCUAAUAUAACCCUGAAUCCUGUCCUUUCUGAGAUGUGAUUGUUUAGAGAGAUCAUAUAUAUCACAUAAUUAUAUGUAUUUAUUAUUUACAGAUAUGAAAUAAAGUAGAGGAAUAUUA